AUGGCACAGCCUGUCAGCAGUGGUGGGGGAGGGAGAGGGGGGAGCGGAGGGGGAGGGGGCGGAGGAGGGGGAGGAGGGGGUGGUGGGGGUGAUACAGCGAGAGUGCCUUUAGAGAAGGUGGUUGAUGACGUGGCAGCCAUGGGAUUCCCAAGGGAUAAGGUUCGCAUGGUGGUGCAGCGGCUGAUGGAGAGAGGCAAGUCGGUGGAUCUGAAUGCUGUGAUCGAUGAGGUGAUGAAUGGAGGGGGUGGUGGGGGUGGGGGAGGAGGAGGAGGGGGAUGGUAUGGGCGGUGA